AGACACAACAAUGACUGAUCCAAACACAUCUUCUUUUAACUUAGACUUUGAAAGUUUGUAUGAUGAACUCAACUUUACUUACAACUACACAGAGUUCAUCCUUGACCCAGAAACUCAGCCCUGCUACUCCUUCAUCCCCCCACCUGAUGUGAUGGCUGGAUUCUGUGCAUUUUAUGUCGUCAUCUUUCUGUUGGCGAUUCCCGGAAAUCUGGUGGUGGGGCUGGUGAUCGGCUCUAGCAAACAGUCGCUGCCUCCCUCUGACCUCUACCUCCUCCACCUGGCAGUUGCCGACCUCCUGCUGGCCAUCACGCUCCCAUUCUGGGCCGUCUCUGUUACACAGGGCUGGGUGUUUGGAGAUGCCAUGUGCAAAACUGUCAGCAUCCUCCAAGAGCUAAGCUUCUACUCUAGCAUUCUUUUCCUGACUUGCAUCAGUGUGGACCGUUACAUGGUGAUUGUGCGAGCUAUGGAUGCCCGCAGGGCUAACCGACAGCUGGCCAGCUGGGGAGUUUGCGCUGCUGUCUGGGCUGUUGGGGCAUUUUUGUCUCUGCCUGGGCUCUUCAAUUCCUCUCUCUCCCCUCAAGUCUCUAGUAACAUAAUGUGUAAGGAACAGUAUGACCCCAGCAGUUCUGAUGAGUGGCGGCUGGCCACCAGAGUUCUUCGCCACACUUUGGGUUUUCUUAUCCCCUUGGCCAUCAUGCUUUCCUGUUAUGGAGUAACCAUCCAGCGCCUCCUUCACACCCGUGGGGGGUUUCAGCGGCAACGAGCCAUGAGAGUGAUUGUGGUCGUGGUGGUUGCCUUUCUGCUUUGUUGGACACCGUACCACAUUGCAGUGAUGAUAGAUUCCUUUUUUAGGACAAAGAUAGUGGCCUACCGGUGCCCGGCAAGGAUUGCAGUUGACAGGGUCAUGUUUGUCACAAAGAGUCUCGGUCUGCUUCACUGUUGUGUCAACCCGGUGCUGUACGCCUUCGUGGGAGAGAAGUUCAGGAAGAGUCUGCUGCAGUUAACGAGGAAGAUAGGUUUCCUAGAGAGAGCGUCAGUGUCAAGAACCAGCAGGUCUUCGCUGUCAUCAGAAAUCACAUCCACAUUCAUGUGAGAAUGCCAAAGGGACACUUUAAACCAUCCGGAUAAAUCGAUCACAUCAGUGCAUUUACUGCAGGUAUUGGACAACAGUGCUAGUUUUCAUAAAUACCUGCAUUUUUUUUAUCACAGCUCAUCCUUGAUGGACUUUUUUCCAGGUUAUUUAGCUUGGCUUUGGUUUCAUGCAAGUGUGUAUUACCAGGGAAAUGUUGCUUGAAAGUUAAGCUCCCAAACAAUUUCAGUUUUUUAAAUUAUUUUUACUUUUUUGUGGUUAACUAUUUCAAUCCACUCUCUUCCUCAGUCAAGUCUAGUACUGUGAACGUGGAAACUGUGAACGUGUUUGACAAGCUUCAAUUUCGAGAGUGACCAUGUUUCAACACAGUAAUACUUUGUCACAACAUUGAGACAGAACUGCUGCUCAUGAACACCUGGAGAAGCAGCAGAAAGCUCUGGAAAAGGCUAGAACUGGACCCUGAGCUAAGACAAUUCACCGAUGUCAUUGUUAGCAUGUGAAUGUGAAUUAUCAAGAUAAUUUAAUGUGAUUCAAAUUUCCAAACCGAUGUCACUGUCCUUUUUAUUAACAUUUUACUUCCAGCUUAGGUUGCACUAUCAACUGCAGCAGAAACAUUAAACUGUCUCGUACAGUGCUGUAUAACUUCAUAUAAGAUUUUAUAGUCAUGCACUGAUUUUUAUUUUAUUUUUUAGUGAGACUGUCUGUUUGAGUUUCAUGUAUUAGCCAAAGACAGCAGGUUGUCAGUCAUGUGCCAAAAAAAGUAGCAUUUUCUGUAUAUUCUGACUCAUCAU